UUGUCCUUAGUUAGAACUUUAUGCUCAAAAGAAUAAUGAUAAUAUUAGUUUUGUUGAAAAACCCAGAAAGACUUCCUUUAUUAAAUAAAAAACCAAAAAAAUCCAAACUUUUCUCAAAUGGGUUAAAGUUCUCUGCUUUCUCAUCCAUUUUGCUAAAAACCCCCUUAAAGAUUUCCUUUUCAAUUUUGUGCCCCCUUUCUGGUGGGUUUCCUUUAGAGGGGAGUAUUUGGUUUGGAUUUUGAUUUAUUUUGUAGGGUUUGUUUGGUUUGGAUAUAGAGAGAAAUGGAGGGAGGAAUUGAUGGAAGCAGUGUUGAUUCAGAUUUUAAAGAAUGCUUUUCUCUUGCUUGGAAAAAUCCUUAUGUUCUUCUUCUUGCUUUGUCUGCUGGACUUGGUGGCUUUCUUUUUGGUUAUGACACUGGAGUCAUUUCUGGAGCCCUUCUUUACAUUAGGGAUGAUUUCAAGUCUGUGGACAAAAGCACUCUUUUACAGGAAACCAUAGUGAGCAUGGCAAUUGCAGGAGCCAUAAUAGGAGCAGCAAUCGGAGGAUGGAUGAACGAUCAAUAUGGUAGACGAACUGUAAUUCUCAUAUCAGACUUCCUCUUCUUCAUUGGAGCUGUGGUCAUGGCAACUUCACCCAACCCUUCCCUUCUCAUUGUGGGUCGAGUUUUUGUCGGUCUUGGAAUCGGUAUGGUUUCUAUGACUUCCCCUUUGUACAUCUCUGAGGCUUCCCCUCCAAAACAUCGUGGUGCCCUUGUCAGCACCAUUGGCAUUCUCAUUGCUGGUGGCCAGUUUCUUUCAUAUCUCAUCAACUUAGCUUUCACCAAAGCACCGGGCACUUGGAGAUGGAUGCUUGGGGUUACAGGGUUCCCAGCACUCUUGCAGUUUAUCUUAAUAUUCUUGUUACCCGAGUCACCCAGAUGGUUAUACCGCAAGGGGAGAUCAGAAGAGGCUGAGAGGAUACUAAGAAAAAUCUAUUCAGAAAAUGAAGUAGAAAGGGAGAUUAGAGAACUUAAGGAGUCUGUUGAAGUAGAGAUAAAAGAAAAAGAGGCUUCUGAGAAGAUCAGUUUGAUCAUGCUAUUGAAAACAAAAACAGUGAGAAGGGGACUUUAUGCAGGGGUUGGACUUCAUAUUUACCAACAAUUUGUGGGCAUAACUACAGUUAUGUACUACAGUCCUUCUAUCAUUCAGUUGGCUGGCUUUGCUUCUAAUGAGACCGCACUUCUGCUUUCAUUAGUCAUAGUUGGGCUUAAUGCAUUGGGCUCCAUUGCCAGUAUAUAUUUCAUUGAUAAAACAGGCAGGAAAAGACUUCUAAUCAUCAGCUUAUUUGGUCUCAUCAUCUCUCUUGGCCUUCUAUCAGCAGCUUUUCAUGAAGCAACAUCUCACUCUCCAUUAGUGAGUACUAGAAACACUCCACUUAAAGGUUACACCUGCCCUGAUUACAGUUUUACCAAUGAUUCUUCUUCUUGGGACUGUAUGAAGUGUUUGAAAGCCUCAUCUCCAAAUUGUGGUUUCUGUGCUUCAAGAGCUAAUAAGGUAUUUUCUGGGGAAUGUUUGGCUGCUAAUGAUACAGUGAAAGAUUUGUGUCAUAAUGAAGAUAGACAAUGGUACACAAAGGGAUGUCCUAGCAAAUUUGGGUGGCUUGCACUCAUUGGUCUUGCUCUCUACAUUAUCUUCUUCUCUCCAGGAAUGGGACCUGUGCCAUGGCUUGUGAAUGCUGAGAUUUAUCCUUUAAGGUAUCGUGGAGUGUGUGGAGGAAUAUCAGCCACAACAAAUUGGAUCUCAAAUCUUAUUGUUGCUCAGUCUUUCUUAUCAUUAACUCAAUCAAUUGGGCCUUCGUGGACAUUCUUAAUAUUUGGAUUGAUUUCAGUAGUAGCUCUUUUGUUUGUACUCACAUGUGUGCCUGAAACAAAGGGUCUUCCAAUUGAGCAGAUUGAACAAAUGCUUGAAAAGAGGACUUUGCAUUUCAAAUUCUGGAAGAAGAGGACUAAUCUGUCAGACAAAACCCAAGGUGCCUGAAAAAUCAGAAGUAAAAGUAAUUUUAUACAACUUAUAUUUAUGCCAAAGUACUUAGUUUCUAUAGGCGGGGUGUUUAUAAAUUAAUGAUGUCAAGAGACGGUAAUGUGUCCAUCCAAGUAUAGUUCUAUGGAUGAGACACCUACCAUCACCUUCAAGUCGAUAGUUUGAUUUUUCAUCUCGUAAUUGUUGAAUUGUUUUUUUAAAAAGAAGAUGUAAUGUAGUUCUUCAAUUCUCAUAGUGUUGGGUUUGUAAAUAUUUGGAUAUGGAAGUAAAUGACUAAUGUAUAGAACAUUUACUAGAACCAUCAGUACCAUUUGAUUUUCAACC